GAGGGGGUCCUUGCGCGCAGGCGGGCGGCGAGCGCGAGGUGUCUCCUUCACUUCGCCCUCCAGCGCGGCCUUCACGCGGGUAGAAGAGGGAGGGGCGGCGGCGGAGGCGCACGCGGGUCUCUCUGGGUCUCUGAAAGAAGCACGUCCCUUUCCCCCCCGACUGGGCAGAUUCUCUAAAUUGGACUAGAUAGCUAUGUCUUUUAAUCCAGCAUGUCAGCCGCGUCCUCCAAGACCUCCAAUGGCUAUCCCGCCACCAUAUGCGGACCUUGGCAAGUCUGCCAGAGACGUCUUCAACAAAGGAUUUGGUUUUGGUCUGGUGAAAUUGGAUGUGAAAACGAAAUCUGCAAGCGGAGUGGAGUUCGCAACAGCUGGUUCGUCAAACACAGACACAGGAAAAGUGAAUGGGAGCUUGGAGACAAAAUACAAGUGGUCUGAGUAUGGUGUUACUUUCACGGAAAAAUGGAACACGGAUAACACUCUGGGAACAGAAAUGGCAAUUGAAGAUCAGCUUGCCAAAGGUUUGAAGUUGACAUUUGACACAACUUUCUCACCAAACACCGGAAAGAAAAGUGGCAAAAUCAAAUCUGCUUAUAAGCGUGAAUGCAUAAACCUCGGGUGCGAUGUUGACUUUGAUUUUGCUGGACCUGCCAUCCAUGGUACAGUUGUCUUGGGUUAUGAGGGCUGGCUUGCAGGCUACCAAAUGACCUUUGAUAGUGCCAAAUCCAAGUUGACAAGGAAUAACUUCUCUGUGGGAUACAAGACUGGAGACUUCCAGUUGCACACCAAUGUCAACGAUGGGUCGGAGUUCGGUGGCUCAAUUUACCAAAAAGUCAGCGACAACCUUGAGACUGCUGUAAACCUUAACUGGGCAGCGGGCAGCAAUAGCACUCGUUUUGGAAUUGCAGCAAAGUACCAGUUGGAUCCUACCGCUUCUAUUUCCGCAAAAGUGAACAACUCUAGUCUAGUUGGAGUUGGGUACACCCAGACCCUGAGGCCAGGUGUGAAGCUCACUCUGUCUGCCCUAAUCGAUGGGAAGAACAUCAAUGCUGGUGGACACAAACUUGGUCUUGGCCUAGAAUUGGAGGCUUAAGAGGUGUGAAGAAAGCUGCCGCAGGAAAUGGGAUAUCAGAAGAAUAUGGCCUUAAAAAUGUAUUUCCAGUGUGACCCGGGGGGCUUUUUUUCCUACUCAGACGGAUGGCCUAGAACAAGAGCUGUAUGCAGAGUAUUUAGGCAGUUACUUGUUAGCUGGUUUUUAGUUAAAUUGGUUACCUAUCUAGUUCUCAAUUCUGCAUUAGUGCAGUCACUACAUAAUACAUUAUUUAAAUGUAUUUAACUGUUGAAUGCGCUACCCACAAAUAAUGAAAUAGACUUUAUGAAAACCUGUACACAUGUGUGCAUGUUAUGUUUCUUUUAACACGUGAUAAUAGCCAUUGAAAUAACAGAAUGGAUCAGUGGAUGUUCUGAAAAGUAAGGUCAACCGUUUUGUUAAAAUCACCUUAACUAGAAAUACUUUUGGUAUCCCAAGGCAAUUCGAAAAUUAUGAAUAAAACAAAUACACACACAUA